GUCCGUGAGCAGGGAGCUGGCGGCUCGGAGACGGUGACUCAGAGGCGGAGCGGUGCGCGGGCCAAGGAGCACUGGUGUCCAUGGACCCUGGGGUAAGGGGGCCGCGCUGGCAUCAGCUGACAUUCCCCAAGAAGGAGACAUUCACCUGAAGCCGGUGGGUCUGCUCUUCCAGAGAUGAGGGCGGGAAUGGAGGUGGAAAGGGGGCACCCACCUGGCUCCCCUCGACCUGCACCCUCUCCUAACAGAGCCUCCCCUCCACCCGCAAGCAGUGAGGGGCCAGAAUCCCACGGGGCCAGGAGAAGGGCACAGAGACACCCAGAACACUGGCAGAGUUUGUUAACUUUCAGUGGCUGAAUGUAGGCGUUUCCCCCCAGGUCAGCCUCCGGAAGCCUAGGCCCCUCUGCCCUGACCUCCUGGCCACCCGCACCCCACCACGUCCCUGUCCCCUCCUGGCCUCAGCUCCACCGGAAGAUCUGGGCUGCUUCCCCAGCCUCAGGCCAACCUUGCCCCUCCAGUCCCCUCCCCCGUCUCACACACAGAGCCUCAUGCAUUAUUGAUCUCCCCGUGGAGCCAGGAGGACCAGGGCUGGUGCCAAGGGCGCCUGUGGGCACUGCUGCCGGACCUGUGCGGUCCUCGGCAUGUGUCUCCAAUGGCCCGUCCCCUGCUCUCUCCAGGUGGAUGGCACUUCUCAGGAGCCCCAGGGACGGGGAUGAAAGAAAGGAGGCUUGGGGCACGGGGGGACAGAGAGUCCGAGGGCCCCCUCAGGACAAGGUGACAUCUUUCCCCUUCCACUCUUCUCUACGUCCUCAGCAGGGAGUGGCCACUCCCUUCCUCAUGGACUUCCAAGAGCGGGACCCUCCCUCCCUGGCUGAGAGCACACAGUCCGCCAAGCCCAGCAAUGCCCAGCAGACCUCCGAGCUGUGGGAGGUAGUGGAGGAGCCUCGGGGCCGGCUGGGGGCAGAGGGUAUCAUGCCCGAGAGGCAGGAAGGCCACCUGCUCAAGAAGAGGAAGUGGCCUCUGAAGGGCUGGCACAAGAGAUACUUUGUGCUCGAGGAUGGGAUCCUUCACUAUGCAACGACUCGGCAAGAUGAACAAGGACCUAAAGGCCUAGACACCCAGGCUCUCUCCAAGGAGAUCACCAAGGGGAAGCUCCAUGGCUCCAUUGAUGUCCGACUGUCGGUCAUGUCCAUCAACAAAAAGGCCCAGCGCAUUGACCUUGACACUGAAGACAACAUCUACCACCUCAAGAUCAAAUCCCAGGACCUGUUCCAGAGCUGGGUGGCUCAGCUGCGUGCCCACCGCCUGGCCCAGCACCUGGAUGUGCCCCGAAGCCUGCUGCCGAGCACCACUCACCGGAAGGUUCCUGGUGCCCAGCUUCCGGCAGCGGGUAGUGCCUCAGCUCUGCCAGGGGUUGGACCUCGGGAGAAGGUGUCUUCCUGGCUGAGGGACAGUGAUGGGUUAGACCGCUGCUCUCAUGAGCUCUCUGAGUGUCAGGGGAAGCUCCAGGAACUCCACAGACUCCUCCAGAGCCUGGAGUCCCUGCCCCGGAUCCCCUCAGCCCCUGUUAUCCCCACACACCAGGCCUCGGUGACGACCGAGAGACCCAAGAAGGGGAAGCGGACCAGCCGCAUAUGGUGCACACAGAGCUUUGCCAAGGACGACACCAUCGGGCGGGUGGGUCGUCUCCACGGCUCUGUUCCCAACCUGUCUCGCUACCUGGAGUCCCGGGACCCCUCGGGCCCCCGCGGGCUGCCACCCCCAGACUAUGCCCACGUGCAGCGCAGUUUCUGGGCCCUGGCUCAGAAGGUGCACAGCUCGCUCAGCAGUGUCCUUUCCGCCCUCACCACUGAACGGGACCGACUGAGGGACCUGCACCAGGGUUCGGAGCCGUCCAGGCUGGGGGUCUCUGAGGCCGCAGCCGGCCCGAGGCGCCUCCAUUCGCUGUCCGUGUCUUCCGACACCACUGCAGACUCCUUCAGCUCCCUCAACCCCGAGGAGCAAGAAGCUCUGUACAUGAAGGGGCGAGAGCUGACGCCCCAGCUGUCCCAGAGCAGCGUCCUUUCCCUCGCUGAUUCCCACACAGAGUUCUUUGAUGCCUGUGAGGUUCUCCUGUCUGCCAGCUCUUCUGAGAAUGAGGGCUCAGAGGAGGAGGAGUCGUGCACCAGUGAAGUCACCACCAGCCUGUCCGAGGAGGUCCUCGACCUCAGGGGAGCUGAGCGCUGUCAGAAAGCAGGAGCCGUGGGACCACCCCGCCGCCGAUGCCUACCUGCGGCCAGUGGGCCCGGGGCCGACGUGAGCCUGUGGAACAUCCUGCGGAACAACAUCGGCAAGGACCUGUCCAAGGUGUCGAUGCCCGUGCAGCUCAAUGAGCCGCUCAGCACCCUGCAGCGGCUCUGCGAGGAGCUGGAGUACAGCAGCCUUCUGGACCAGGCCAGCCGUACCACCGACCCCUGCGAGCGCAUGGUGUACAUCGCAGCCUUCGCAGUGUCAGCCUACUCCUCCACGUACCACCGGGCGGGCUGCAAGCCCUUCAACCCCGUCCUGGGGGAGACCUACGAGUGCGAGCGGCCUGACCGAGGUUUCCGCUUCAUCAGUGAGCAGGUCUCCCACCACCCCCCCAUCUCGGCGUGCCAUGCGGAGUCUGAGAACUUCAUAUUCUGGCAAGACAUGAAGUGGAAGAACAAGUUCUGGGGCAAAUCCCUGGAGAUUGUGCCUGUGGGGAUGGUCAAUGUGAGCCUGCCCAGGUUUGGGGACCACUUUGAGUGGAACAAGGUGACGUCCUGCAUUCACAACAUCCUGAGCGGCCAGCGCUGGAUUGAGCACUACGGGGAGGUGCUCAUCCGGAACACGCAGGACAGCUCCUGCCACUGCAAGAUCACCUUCUGCAAGGCCAAGUACUGGAGCUCCAACAUCCACGAGGUGCAGGGCGCCGUGUUCAGCCGGAGCGGCCGCGUCCUCCACCGACUCUUCGGGAAGUGGCCCGAGGGGCUGUACCGGGGACCCCCGCCGGGCGGUCAGUGCAUCUGGAAACCCAACUCAAUGCCCCCAAACUAUGAGCGAAACUUCGGCUUCACUCAGUUUGCUUUGGAGCUGAAUGAGCUGACGGCAGAGCUGAAGCGGUCCCUGCCUUCCACAGACACGCGGCUCCGGCCAGACCAGAGGUACCUGGAGGAGGGGAACAUACAGGCCGCCGAGGCCCAGAAGAGAAGGAUUGAGCAGCUUCAGCGAGACAGGCGCAAGGUGAUGGAGGAGAACAGCAUUGUCCACCAGGCUCGCUUCUUCAGUGCCUUCCUAGGACACAGGGGACCCCUCGACAUUCCCCAGGAUUCCUAUGCCCAGGACUCUGGCCCCAGCUGCGAGGCUGGAGUGAGUGAAGGAGAGCAGAUGGCCUUUUCUCCCACCCCCGUCCCUCCCACGCCCCAUCUCCAGCAUCUUCUCCCCAUGCCCUGGCCCAGAGGGGCUCCCUUCGCUUGGCCCUGGCCAUUGCUCCUAUCCUCCUGGAUCUCCUUCUCCCAAACUGCAAAACGCCUGCAGCUGCCAGCUCCUUCGUCCCUGGUCCUCAAGUGGUUUCCUUCAGUCUCAGCUCAGUGGAUCCCCCAGAGCAGACAGGGCAGGAGGGGCGCCUGGCCUCUCACCCACCCGGACUGAGCGGGCACUCAUGAGAGUGUUGGUUUGUGUAGAAGAGUGUGUGCGUGUGCCUGUGUACUGCUUGCGGGCGAGCAGGAUUCCUCGUGUAGGCCGUAUGUCCCCUGCCGGGGGUCCGCCAGCAUUGCUGCUCAUUGUACCAGUCUGCCUGUGAUUAAGGUGAAUUGCUAUGACAUUCCAAACUCCAGUAAAGACUGUCCCAAACUUU